AUGACCAUUCCCCGCGUCAUGUGGAACAUGCUCUCGGGCGUCGUCCGGCGCCGCGUCAACAAGCCCGCGCCCGGCUGCCUCAUGGACCGGCCGUCGAUCUGGAAGACGCGCAUUGGCUUCAUCGACACGGAUCUCAACGUGCAUCUCAACAACGCGUCGUACUUGACGCAAAUGGAGCUCGCGAUCUGGUAUGCUGUCGCACACACGGGCAUUCUCGAUCGCGUGCUCGCCAAGCGCUGGUACUUCCUCAUUGGGUCCCAGGCCAUCCGGUACCGCCACCAGAUCCCGCCGCUGCGCCCGAUUGAAGUCCACACGCAGACCAUCUACUGGGACGACACGUGGGUGUACCUGCAGGCGCGCUUUGUGUGCCCCGGCACGGGCAAGCUCUACGCCGAGGGCCUGAGCCGCAUCACGCUCCGCCAUGGCCGCGACACGGUCCACCCGACCAACAUGUUUGAUGUCGUGUACCAGACCAAGACGGGCGAGAAGCAGUACGUGCAGCCCGAGAUGCCCGAUGUCAUCCGCGAUUACCUUGCGUGGGACGCGUCGUCGGCCGUGAGCAUGAAGGAGUAUUCGCUCGAACCGACGCCGCGCCUUCCGCUCACGAGCUCGUUCAACUUGCCGUGGGAGAAGCUCUAA